UGCGGCCCGGAGAGUCCGUCUUCCGUUUCCGGCUGAGAGUAAACAUGGCAGCGCACCGGAGAAAACGUGGCUCCUCUCCCGGAUCGGCGAAAACGAACAAAAAAGCCAAAUUGCAGCAGCCCGAGCGCGUGCAGGAGGCGGCGGCUGACGAGUUUACCGUCCCGGCUCCCGUUUCUGAGGGGAAAUGGAAGAACAAGGAACGAGUGCUAAUUUUUUCUUCUCGUGGCAUCAAUUUCCGCACCAGACAUCUCAUGCAAGACCUAAGAACUCUCAUGCCACAUUCUAAAGCAGAUACCAAAAUGGAUCGUAAGGAUAAACUGUUUGUUAUAAAUGAGGUCUGCGAAAUGAAAAACUGCAACAAAUGCAUAUAUUUUGAAGCCAAAAAGAAACAAGAUCUGUAUAUGUGGCUGUCUAAUUCUCCUCAAGGACCAUCUGUAAAGUUCUUAGUUCAGAAUAUUCACACACUGGCAGAGUUGAAGAUGACCGGAAAUUGCCUGAAAGGAUCUCGUCCUCUUCUCUCCUUCGAUCAGGAGUUUGAUCACCAUCCACAGUAUUCUUUGUUAAAGGAACUGUUUACACAGAUUUUUGGAACCCCAAGAUACCAUCCAAAAAGCCAGCCUUUUGUGGACCAUGUGUUCAGCUUCUCCAUAGUUGACAACAGGAUCUGGUUUAGAAAUUACCAGAUUAUAGAAGAAGAUGCCUCUCUAGUGGAAAUUGGACCCCGCUUUGUCCUAAAUCCCAUUAAGAUUUUUCAAGGAAGCUUUGGUGGGCCGACGUUAUUUGAGAAUCCUCACUAUCAGUCUCCUAACAUGCAUCGGCGCCUUAUCCGGUUAGCUACAGCUGCGAAGGUGAGAGAGAGGCAGCAAGUGAAGGAAUUGCAGAAGCUAAAGAAGAAGGACGAAGUAUCCAUUGUGCCGCCUGAUCCCACGGCGGACGUCUUUUACACACCAGCCGAAAUAAAGCCACAGCCGGUAGAGACACAGCCACCUCAGCCGAAGCCAAGCGUUAAAAGAAAAGACAAGCAAUUCAAACGCCAAAGAAUGGCUAAAAAACGCAACUGAACUGUGGGGAGAGGAAAGAGAUUUAUUUAGUACAAAGCAGAUUAACCAUGGCGGUCAAUUUGUUGUUUGUUCAUCCUAAGACUUUUGUUGAUGGUCCAAUUAAGGGUUGCGGGCUUCUGUUGCCCACCUGUGAUUUACAGGUUUCAGAGUCUAGAAAGUCUUUUAUACAAAUAAACCAAAUAACAAAAACAAGCCA